GAUUUAUAUGCAUACAUGUGUUCUAUGAUUUGAAGUAUUAUUGCAAGUCCUGUGUUUUGAAAGCUGAUAUAUAAGCUGUUUAUUAAGUUUUGUAUGAGUAGUAAGAUGAAUAUGACUUAAAUGUCCUUAUAGAAAUUUAAAAACUAAAAUAAGAAUUAUAAUUGUUGGCCAGCCAGUGUACUACGCACAUCAUUGUUUUCCCAUUUCUUACGUAGUACACACUCUAUUUGGGUUCUGACAGCUUGGAUACAGCAAUGGCAUAAACUAUUGAGCUCAAUAUACUUUAUUUUGCCCUUUGCUUAGGAUGGUAAAAGCAAGAAGAUUAUCAGGUAUGUGACAUGUCACAAUAAAUAGUUGCAGUGGACUUGAUGAAUCACAAUUAAUAUAGACCUGAUAAAGUCUGGUUAUACUUCUGAAAUUAAAACAUUUAAGACACAUUAAAAAUGUCAGAAGUUUCUUCAAAAGUUUGUAUAAUUUUAGUGCAAACAGCGUGAAGAACAUUGAAGUCACAGGGCAGCUGGGAAAGUUUAUGACUUGGAAACUGUGACUAUUGCUUAGAACUCUCCUACACACAUGAAGCAUGGUGAUCUCAAAAGCUACAAGGUUGUGAGGCUGAUUCUUAUUAUGAGAAGUGACCAAGCAGAUUUUCUGAGGAUCCUUGAGCCUGCAGAGGGACGACACAGCCGCAGAGGACCUUGAGGAUUCUGGCCUCAUUCAAGAUUUUGUGAGCCAUUAGGAAGCUGUGUCAACAGCGGCGUUUGGGGAAGGGGAAAAAAUGGAACAUGUCAUGAGACCCGAAGGGAGUGCAGUGAAAAUAUUUGGGCAUCACAGUUCAGGUGACCAUAGGUCGAGGGGCUGGUGUCACAUACCAGUUGAUGUCAAGAUCCUGCCCAUUAAUGAUCUCGCGGAACCAUUGUGUGUUCAGGCAGAAUUCUGAUGGCCAGUGGACAGUGACAGAUAACAAGAGUCUGAAUGGUGUUUGGCUAAAUUUUGAACGCAUUGAUCCAUCAAAGGCUUAUCUUUUACAAGAAGGUGAUUUUGUUCAGUUAGGAGUGCCUUUAAAGCACAAAGAAACAGCUGAAUAUGAAUAUACUUUAAUAAAGGAUGAAUGGAUGAAAGUUAGUCCCUUUUUAGCACUGAAAAAUGACCAGCUGACGGAGAAAAUGAAAGAUACGAGGACUAAGCGUAAAAUUAGCGUGGAGGAAGUAGACAUUCCUGGUGCGGAAGGACCUUCCAAUUCCAGGUCUAAGAGAGACAGGCUGUCUUCUGAUGCUGAUUCUUUAGGGAAAUCUGAGACCAUCAGUACAGAACUGUCCAAGCCAUCAACAGAAAACGUGGAUGUAGUGCUACUUCCUCCAAGACUACACAAGAAGGAGAAGAAGAAAAAUCACUGUAGCAUUGUGCAGGUUGGGAGUGCUGCAUCUCCCCUCUCCAAGGAUCCAAAAGCUCUCAAUUUGGCCCACUCUCAAAGUGGUUUGGAAGAAAUAAUGAAAACGCUGGUGGAAAUGACUAAGUUAAAAGCCAAGAUGCAGGAAAAGCAGACAGCUGUCUUGAAUGUGAGACAGAACAAUAUGAACUGUACUCCAGAAGACAUGCAGGUUUUACAGCGGGAGCUGCAAGACUUGCAGGACCAGAUAUACAAUGAGCAGGAGCAACAACAGCAGAGGGUGGAACAGUUGGAAAAGACCUUCUAUGAAGAGCUAGAGGGAGCAGAAGAACCAGGAGAAGAGAAACUGAAAGAACAACUGGCCCAAGUCCUGGUGCAGCAUCAUGCUCUGAUGGGAGAACUGAGCCGUAGCAGAAAGAACUUUGAAGAAAUAAUUAAAGCCAAGGAUAGGGAGUUGAAGGAGACCAAGGAGGAGAAAGAGAAGGCAAAAGCACAAAAGGAAGAGGCUUUGAGUCACAUGAAUGAUGUGCUGGAGAAUGAGUUGCAGUGUACAAUCUGCUCUGAACACUUUAUUGAGGCUGUCACUCUAAACUGUGCACACAGCUUUUGUUCCUAUUGUGUCAGAGAAUGGAUGAAGCGCAAGAUGGAGUGUCCAAUCUGUAGGAGGUCAAUAAUAUCCCAGACACGAUCCCUAGUUCUAGACAACUGUAUUGAUAGGAUGGUGGAAAAUCUAGAUAAUGAGACAAAGCAACGUCGCCUGGCACUCAUCAAAGAACGAAAAGCUGCAGAGAAGAAAGUUGCUCUGGAGGACGCAGCAUUGGAAAGUGAAAGCAGCAGUCUCACAUCUUUCUCAGACAGUGAGAGCAGUAGAGACACCUCAACCUUAGACAGCGAGACCAGCAGCCUUACCUCUGUUAACUCCAUCCUGUCACUGAGCAGCUAUGAAAGUGAAGACUACGAAGGGGACUCCAACAUCUGAAGAAUGUGGGCUGUGCCUUUGCAGCUGACUGGAGGCUGCUGGGAGGAAGAACUAGACAUUAGGAACAGUGAAGAGACUGGAGUUUAAAUUGUGGAUUAAAAGGGCUUGGCAGAGUCCUGUUUCCCCCCCCCUCAAAUGGAUGUAUAGUAUCUCCAAAGCAUAUUAUCAAACACUGUGUGACUCAAAACCCACUUUUCAUCCUAACCCAGUGGUGACUGUAAACUUCUGUUUCUGUCCUUGCUUUAUCUACUUCAGGAGGGUAACAUACCAGUUCAGCUCAGCUGAGUAACUAUUUUGUCACUCGUUAAAUAAGGAACUGUGGAUCCUUGAGCACCUGAGCUUGAAGGCAGCUUUUACUUUAUAGUAGUGAGUUGGCAAUAUAAACAGAGCACUGUGGUGAGGGACAGCGUUACUUUCUUUCCUCACUUCCUCAAACCUAGCCGUAGUGGGACCAGGCUACAAGACUGAGCCAUCAGUUGCUUUUCCUGGAACCGAGAGGUAGGCAAGAGGAAUAGUGUGACCAGAGCAGUUGGUAUGUUUUUGGCUCCCAUUUUGCUUUUCAGCAAGUUUAAGUGUAGUGAAAGGCCAGGUGUGGGAUGUAUCCAGGACAUAUUUGGCCAGUGGGCCAUCAGUUCCUGCCAUCAACUUAACAUUGCAAGAUUUAGUAAAAUUCCCGUAAAAUACUCCUGUGUUCAAAACCAGGUUCAAAUAUUUUAUGUGACUGGAUACAACUUUGAGACCAGUAGAAAGAUUUCAAAAAUCUUGUCUUGCAGCUAAUUACAUGUAUUGGUAUUUUGAAGUUGUAGUAAGGUUCUGUUCUAAGAUUUUUAUUCAAAACUGAACUAUUCAGUUCAAAGCACAUGUGGCUGCCAGACAGGCAGUCCAGUAUUUAGUCCCCAUCUAUUUCAACCCAGUCCUGAUGUCAUUAUGAUGUGUGUUUCUCUCUCCAGAGCUUUUGUUGCUGCUUUCAGGAGAAAAGCAACACAUCAUAGUGGUGUGACCUGUGUUAAUGUAGAAAUUAUGGAAAGGAGAGUGGAACUUGAUGCUUGGCAGCCCAAUUCUUUGUAAUUUUUGUGUAGUACCAUCUUGUGUAGUUUCACAUCUUUCAAGAUAAACUUGCUUUGAUGAUUGUAAGCUCAUUUGAUUAAUUCUUGUUAUGGCCCAUAAAAAUAUUGAAUCUUCCUUUCCCUUCAGCCCUGUUUCCAAGAUGAACAGCAAAAGUAAAAAAAAUGACAGUAGUGAUUUGUGUGGGUGGGCCGGUUUGGCUUUUGUAGAAAUAUUGUUGUUCAGUGGGUGGGAUGACUGAGUGAAGGAGCUGUAUCUCCACCAAAUGAAAUAUGACAAUUACAUAUCUAUCAGUGCUCAAAAUUAUUUGCCAGAGUAAGUGCGUAGCAACUCACAAUCCAUUUCAAUAGUUUCAGUUUCAAAGUAACUGCCAAGUAACUGCCAAGUAACUAAGCAGGCAAUGUUUCUUUAUUUGGUUGUUAAUGUAGAUAACUAGAGAUUGUUAUUUAAGAUGUGUAGAAGGAAGAAAAUUCUUAUUUCUGUUUUGUACGUUCUCAUAAACUAAUAUGGAUUGCUUAGAAAACCAAUGGAUACAUACUCCCCUGCUCUCUGGCUACCCUCUUUCCCUUUGUUUUCAGGCUGAGUUCCAAACACUAAUAUGAUUACUGGUUACUUCAGUGUCACUAAAUACUCUAUUGGGAGUUUACAGUUGUCAAUAAAUUAUUGGAACAUGUUCAUAAAUUCCAGAAUUCAGGUCAGCAUGUCCUUGAAAUUAUUUAUGUUGUAAGUGCUUACAAGUGAUGUCAUAUCAUUCAGCACCUUUGCUCUGGAUGCUAUCACUAUGUCCAGAUCAAGUAAAUUAGAAACAACAUGAAUGUAUAAAAUAUAGACUGGAAAAACCAACCUUUAUUUUGGAGAGGAAGGGGGGUGGGAUGCUUCUUUGAAAGUUCUGCUCUGUAACUGAUAUUACCUUCAGAGGAAAACUCAGAAACGUCUCCUCCCACUAUGUGACAAGCAGAGCUGUCUAUCUCACUGAGGGUGCAGGGUUGUUGGGAGCCACUGCUUCUUAAUAUGUACUCUUCAUGUGACACACAGUAAUAGUAGUGUCACAGAACAUUGUUUUUGUAGAAUUAACUGGUGUUCUUCAGGGAAAUUGUAAUAUGUGAAGCAAGCUUAAUAACCAAAAAGAUGCCAAACAUCUGGUCUUGGAAUCAAUACAGGCUUUUCAGUAAUCAGAUGAUGUACUGUGUUCUUCCAUGGUUUUAGGGCCAAGCUAAGUGUGAUGUAGGAGAUUAGUAAACAGGAUUUCCUGUAGCUUUUCUGUUCGAUUACUUCAAAACAGUAAUGUGGAACUGCUCAUUUGAUUGGGGGAAGCAGUGCUGGGGAAAAGGGCUGUUUAAAGGGGACAGGGCUGGAAACAAGUGCAGCAUCUAAUUUGGCCUGUAGUGCGAGAUCAGUCCUGAUAUUUAAAUGUUUUCUUGGUGCAUGCCUUAAGUUAAAAUAGUAGGCUUACACUUAUCACAUGGCUUGUAGUAGUGUGUAUAGUUCUUAUAGUUCCCAGCACAAACCAUGUAGACACCAAUUUGGUAUUUUCUGUAGAAAAAACGAGCCAAUCCCCUCUAUCACGCAGGAAGCUCUAGAGCACAAAGGUUUUCCUGCUACUUUUGUAUUCAUGUUGUACACUUUUUUUUGUUCUGUUUUAAUAGAUAUAUACACUACAUGUUUUUCUAA